AUGAAGUAUAUUUAUAUUUUGUCUUUCGCUAUUUUAUCCUCAGGAUUAGUCAUUCAGAAGAGAGCUGAUUGUAUGAUUAGUUGUUCGGCUCAAGCAGAAGCUGACACACCUGUCUGUGGUGAGCUCACCGGAGAAGAAUAUGAUGCUUGUAUUUGUGCCCAAGAUCAUCAGUAUUGGGAAAAUAUUUGGACUUGUGUUGUUGGUUUAUGUCCUGAAUAUUCUGCAGACUUGGAUUUAAAUGGUGCAGAAGCUAAGGCUAAGGUUUGUGCUGCUCCUCCAGAACCACAACCCGAAACAACAGCAACAGAGGCUGAAACAACAGCACCAGAGGUUGAACCCCCUGCAACCACCAAUGCUGAAACAGAAUCUUCGGAGGAACCUAAGCCAGAGGACCCCACAGAUGUACCAACUGAAACAGGAACAGAACAACCAGCUGAAACAGGAACAGAACCACCAGCUGAAACAGGAACAGAACAAGGAACAGAGCAGCCUACUGAAAGUGCUACUGAAACUGGUGCUGCCACUGAAACUGGUGCUGCCACCAAUACUGAUGCCCCUGAAACAACUACUGUCACUGAGGAAUGUUCUUCCGUCGAAUGUGCAGAAGAAACAUCUGUAUCUGAAUCAAAAUCUGUGGUUACUAUCACUGAAUCAUGUACCGAAUCUCAAGUAUGUACCAAGACUGUGACUAUAUGUGAGGGUAAACCAUGCCCUACUACAAAGCCAGAGGAACCAACUAAACCUACUCCUACUACCAAACCAACUGUUGCACCUACAGAAGUCCCUAAUGGUGCUGCUAUCGCUGGUGUCGGAUCAAUAAUGUACUUGUUGGUUGCUGCAAUUUUGUGAGUUGGAUAAAUUUAUACUUCAGGAAAGUGUUUAUACGUUCUUUAUACAAAGGUUUGAGAUGGUACAUUUAGUGAAUUUUCGAGCACUAUCUUAAUUUUCUAGCUUCUUUUUAUGUUCUUGUUUUUUUAAAUUACUAUGAUUUACUCUUAUAUAAUAACGCCAUGGUGUUUUUGUAUAGUAACAUUAUUUUAAUUGUUAUGAAUCUAGUUUUAAUAAAUUUUUUUGUCUUUAAAA